GGGAAGGAAGGAGACCCGGACCAGGUAGCGGAGGACGAGGGAACCGAUCGGGGAGAGAGAUCGGGGAGGAAGCACGCACCGCACCCCAACCGUACAGACCCGCACCGCCACACCAGCAUCACCGCCGCCCUGCGUGCGCUCCGAGCCCCCAACCGAUCGCUUCGGAUUGUGGCACCGAUCGAAGGGAAGACGCCGGGCCCUGGAGUUUGGAGACGGAGAUUCUCCCCGCCGAGGUCCACGUCGGAGACUGGAGGACCCCCCCCCUUCCCCACACCGCACACCCCCAAAUCUGGAGGAACACCGGCCGCGCCCGACCUCAGCCUGAUGGAUGCCUGGUGUGAACAAUGAAGGCAGAACGUGUCUCCCACACCGGAAAGGUGACCCCGGAACGUGCCCUGGAUGACCCCACGACCCAAAACCAUGCGGCUGACCUGCAUGUUCUCAUCUAUUCUGCUGUUUGGAGCUGCCGGCCUCCUCCUCUUCAUCAGCCUGCAGGACCCCACAGAGGUCGCCCCCCAGCAGGGGUCAGGACUAAAACUCCACAUCCGGCCACUACAGCUUCACAGUAAUCUCCAGCCACCCGGCAGUUCCCAGGAUGGUGACUUGAACGUACACACCGACAGGGUCCCCCAGGACACGUCCAGCCGGUCCCCGGGGGACCGCUGCUUACAGAUGCCCGAUCAGCCUCCACCACACCCCCACCCUGGGGCCCCCCUGCGACCCCGCCAGCGCCGGCGCCGGCUGCUCAUCAAAAAAAUGCCCGCGGGCCUGGCCGGGAGGGCCAGCAACCGCUCCUCGGAGACCUCGGCGGGGCCGGGUCCCCGCGCUGCGGACAGCCACUGGGUGGCCCUGCACCGCAGCCAGCAGGACCGCAAGCGGCUGAUGCGGGAGGCCUGCGCCAAGUACCGGGCGAGCAGCAGCCGCAGGUCCGUGACGCCCCGCCACGUGUCCCGCAUCUUCGUGGAGGACCGGCACCGCGUGCUGUACUGCGAGGUGCCCAAGGCAGGCUGCUCCAACUGGAAGCGGGUGCUGAUGGUGCUGGCCGGCCUGGCCUCGUCCACCGCCGACCUGCACCACAACACGGUGCACUACGGCAGCGCCCUCAGGCGCCUGGACACCUUCGACCGCCAGGGCAUCCUGUACCGCCUCAGCACCUACACCAAGAUGCUGUUCGUCCGCGAGCCCUUCGAGAGGCUGGUCUCGGCCUUCCGCGACAAGUUCGAACACCCCAACAGCUACUACCACCCCGUCUUCGGCAAGGCCAUCGUGGCUCGGUACCGGGCCAACGCCUCCAGGGAGGCCCUGCGGACCGGCUCCGGCGUGCGGUUCCCCGAGUUCAUCCAGUAUCUCCUCGACGUGCACCGGCCCGUGGGCCUGGACAUCCACUGGGACCACGUCAGCCGCCUCUGCAGCCCCUGCCUCAUCGACUACGACUUCGUGGGCAAGUUCGAGAGCAUGGAGGACGACGCCAACUUCUUCCUGAGUCUCAUCCACGCCCCGCGGAACCUCACCUUUCCCCGCUUCAAGGACCGGCACGCGCAGGAGGCGCGGACCACGGCGAGGAUCACCCACCGGUACUUUGCCCAGCUGUCCGCCCUGCAGCGCCAGCGCACCUACGACUUCUACUACAUGGACUACCUGAUGUUUAACUACUCCAAGCCCUUCGCGGACCUGUACUGAGGGGCGGGGCCUGCUGCCCGGAGGCGGGGCCUGCUACAGGGGCGGGGCCUGCUGCCA